CGCCUUAAGUCUUAACUACUAGGCGAUCCUUAUACUCAUAAACUAAACCAUUAGGUUUCAGUCUUCUUUUGAGAAUCCAUUUAUUACCUUUGCUUCAUUGCCAGGAGAUAAUUCUCAAAGACGCCAAAACUUGUUCGAUUUCAUCGAUAUAUUACCUAAGGCUUUACAGCCAAAAGGUAACUCUACAAGUUUCUAAGUCUUAUUAGACUCUCUUGAUUCCAUUUUGUUAAUAACGACUUCUUCGCACAAAUCUGCAUCUUAGGGAAGUUAGAACUUCUUGCAGACUUGUAGGAUUUUUUUUUUUUAGGGUGUAUAUAACAAACUCAUAACCAAAAUCCUUUGACGAUUUAUGGUUCGUUUGCUUCUUUUGAGUUCAAACUCAGAUUCAUCACCCCCACUAGUUUCAUUCCUCUAAUAGUAGGAGGGAUUCUACCCCCACUAUUUCUUAAUAAAAGUCAAUUGGCAUCAUUGCACUGAUUCUCAAACUAUAUCAUUCACAUGUCAAAAUGCAUCACAUAUAAAUUAGUGAUAAAUAAUUUCAUACCACUCAAAAUUGACAUCUCCUUAUAUUCACCCAUAUCACAAUAAAUCAUAUAAAAAAUUAUGAUUCUCUAAUAAGGUAUUUAUGGGUCUUUUAUCAUGUAUAAGGAGAUUUCAUUUCUAUCAUAGUCACUAUGGAAAUGUGACUUAGCAAUUCAAUUCUUCAUAAAAUACGUGCAUAUCAUACACAUGAGAAUUCAUUAACAUUAUAGUUAAACACAUAUCACCACAUGCAUACUCUCAUUACCAUUACAAUAGUGAAGUGAGCAGUACUCAACAACACUUUCAUAACCUUUAUCCCACAACCAUUCCUCAAAGUUGCCAUUAAGGUCAACCUCUGUCACCACCUCAGUGAUUACUAUCAAAUCCUCUUCUUUAAUCAAGUUAACACCAAUACUAGGUUAAACUUGUUCUUACAUUUUCGUGUAAUAUGACCUAGUUUCCUCAAUUUUAAUAGGGAAACAUAGUGUCAUUUUUAUAGGAUUGGGUGACAAUAUUUUGGUUACCACAAAGGGUAUCAUUCUAAUUGGUGUGGAUAUGGUUCUCGUAGUACUUGAAAACAAUGGUUCUUCUAAAAUAAAUGUGGGCAUACAACCCAUUCCACUAGCAUAUUUACCACAUAAAAUGCAUUCAUAUAUGCUUUAAAGUAUGCAUUUAUAUAUAUCAUCAAAAUUCAAAAGUACUCUACUUUCAUAGCAUGUACACAAAAGUGUACUCUAAUCACAGAGGAAGCACAUCUCAACAUAAUCAUGCAUCAAUUCUCGUUUUUCUAGCAUUCUCUCAAUUGCAUGCAUAUAUGGAAUAAAUUAUACUAUUCCAUACAUUAAUAACUUAUGAAAAGGUUUUCAGUACUUACCUCUUUCUCUUUUCCGAUAAGUCAUUGUCUUAGCUAUAAGCUAACUAAGCUCAAGUUAUUCCUCUCGUUCGAAGUCUAAACCGUUCCAUUCCAGCCUGGCUCGGAACUCGCGGCUCCAAUUCGCGUUCGAGCCCUUGCCACUACUCUCCCAGGAAAAUCCUUGUCGCAACUGGCUCUGGUCCAAUUUGAUGUAUAAUUGGCGAGACCCACUUUGAUUUUGUCCUUCCCAGAGAAUAUAUUCCAUUCCAAGGAAAAUCCCCUUUGAUUCUCUCGCAGGAAAGGCAUCCAAAAUCUUAUGUGCAAGGGUUAGUGAAGAUUUAUUGAAACGCGAACAAUUAACUAACAAAAAGAAGAAGAAAAAUCUGUAAUGAUUAAUUAACUCAGCUCCCAAAAGCAACCGGAGCUCAUACGGGUCACUUUCUCUCUUCCACUUGCCAUUGCUAUACUAGCCAGGACGAGUGACCAGCACCUCUCACUCCAACCUACUAAUCAGUAGCAUAAGUCGGAUGUCAAUUUUUUCCUCGUCUUUGGCCCAGAAGCUUCCCUUAUGCUGGUGGGAUUAAUGGACACAGACAUUUUAAUUGGCCGAAGCAAUUAAUUGAAGGGCUCAAGGAAUCAAAAUUACUCCCUUAUUUUGUAUCCUGGUCCGGCACGGUUCCUGCUGCUUCGUGCUCCCGGUCCAAUUAAUUUCUCCAAAAUAGUCCAGGAGUUACGUUCCACAGCUCCUCUCCUCAUCUCCAUCUUCUUCAAUUUCCUGGACCACAAGUUCAACCAUUAGGCUAGUGUAACUAACAGCGCUUACCUUCUCCUUCUCGCGCGUAGGACCGGCAACAAGCUGCCACCCCGAUCCGUAAGUCAAGGCACAAGAUUCUUUUUCUUUCUGACGGCGGGGUGAACAGAUUAGGCUAGGGUUUCCAAUCGGUGGGGCAAAACAAUUGUGGUGCGAGGCAAAACCCGAACAAUACCCUUUCCACUUUCGAGCGGCAUGGCGAUAGUAAUCGAUCGAGCCAUAAUCGGUUCCCUGUUCGGUACACACGACAGCAACCAAUCGUCUUAAAAUUGUUAGAAAUCGAACAUGAAAAAUUAGGGUUACCGAUCUGGCUGAGUCGCUGACUAGGUCGCUCUCUUUAAGACGUUCGCGGCACUGCCUUCGAUGCGCACGGCAGACUAUCAGCCGGUCGCCUCCAGGAUAAAACAGCCACUCUAAUUUUGUUGCUCAUCGGUUUUGUGCGAAAACCGGAGCUCUAUGAACUCACUCUCUAUCUCGUGUUUCUGCUCACUGAGGUGUGUUUAGAGGGUCUGGGGCGUCUCCUAUUUAUAGGAGCAGAAAACCCGGAAUAUUCCCUCUUUCUUUGGGAAUAAGUCAUAUUUUAAUUAGGGAGAUAAUUACUCCCAUAAUUAAAAUAUAAUCUAUUAAGAUAAUUAUUUCUAAUUAUCUCCAUAAUAUUCCUUUUAUUAAUUAUCCAUCUUAUUUAAGUAUUAUGGGAAAAUACUAGAUAAUUAAUUAGGAAUUUCAUUUAUAGUUUUUCAAAGCUAUUCAUCCCAACAAAACAUACGUUUAACAAUCUUGGUUCUGGAUGCCUGCUUCAUCACUUUGAUCGUCGUUGACAAGUGUUCGAAGACGUCUUAAGAUGUUAAGUGUCGACGAAUUUGUUGUUCAAAUCUUGAUAUGCAGUUUAGCUAUUUACAAGUGCGAAUUUUCUUCGAGGGUGUAGGCUAGACUUAUCUGCUUGGGCACUCAAUUUCAUUUGGUAUUUUCUUUUACAAGGAUGAAAAUGGAAGGAAUUGACUUCGACAUCUUUUUUUAUGGAGGCGUGACUACUUAACUAGCUAUCUCUAUUUGGUUAAUAUAGUAUGUCACUUUAUUCAUUAUGUGUCCCGUUAGACUUUAUAUGAUCGUAUUGUGAUAUUUGAAUUUUGGUUGGUUCUAAAUAGAAAUAUCGUCAGCUAGUUAAAAAUUUAAAUUAAGAUCAUUCUUAUUUUAUUUUGUGGUAAAAUUUUGAUAUUUUUUCUUUUUGGUAAGAAUUUGAAUUUUUUUGCUUUCACAUGUGGAAUUCUGGAUAACUUACCACCAAUGAAAAAUUGACAAAGAGAAACUUAAUUAAUUGCAAUUAACCAGGAGGUCUGCUCUCUAUUUAUAUUCCAUGAAAAAAAAGAAUUCCAGCAAAGUGGUUCCGAGCUAAUAAAACUUGCUAGCAGGCACAGCAGCAAUCAUGUCGAGGCUCAGUAGUGGCACUAGUCCUCUGGUUUCAGUGAUUCUCAUCAUUCUUUGCCUUGUUUCCAAAGAGUUUGCAUAUGCAUGCAGCGUAAACGACAUGCUAAUCGGUACGGUGAGAAGUGGGAAAGAGGUCGGAGGGCAGACAGAAUGGAUCGUGACAUUUACGAACAGAUGCUCGUGUCCGAUCGAGAACAUCGUACUUUCGUGCCAAGGGUUUCAAACUGCGGAACCAAUCAGCCAAACAGUGCUCAAAGUAAACGGAGGUCAGUGCCUACUUUACAGUGGCACACAACUGAAAGCUGGGGGCUCUCUGUCUUUCUCCUACGCUUGGAAUUCUCCUUUCAAUCUUACACCUCUUAACAUUGCUCCAAUGGGCUGCUAGACAAAACGAUAACAUGGGGAUGAUGAGAAACCUACCAUUCUCUAGAUUUGAAUUUUGAAUUCAGCAAUCAUCUUAAACAGAACCGAAUUCUCCGAUUGUGAGUUAACACAAUUCAAACGAGUUAUCCAUGAUAACACUGAAAGAUAAUGAUGCUCAAUAACGAGAUGAUUCAUAUGCCGGCAUUGCGAUUACGAGUUCACCCACGGUUUGAUUCCUCGAUGGCAAUCCAAAUGCUUACAAAGGCUCGUCAAAAUGAAAAUCAAAUGGAGGG